GCGUGCCUUCGAUAAACAAGGAAAAGAGGGGCGACGCCUGGAAUUCAAAUAUGCACGAUCUUAUCGACUUAUCCCCACAGUUCAAAGAUAGACGGCUACUUGGCCAGCCAAAGGAGAACCAAGACAAGAUGUCAAGAUCUUUCGUACAUAUAUACAUGGCCGUGCUCGUGCACGAUGGUACUAGUGCUUAAAAUUUCCGGGUGGUCCAGUCCAGCCUCCUGGGCAUGAGUUCUUGGCGCAAAUUCCCUCUGCUGUUCUUCCUCCAGUGCAUGUCCGUUCUGUGCCUGGGCUUCUCUGUCGCGGCAACGGACACGCUCUCCGUGGGAGAAUCUCUCACCGGGAACCGGACGCUGGUGUCGAAGGGACGCAAGUUCGAGCUGGGCUUCUUCUCCCCGCCGACAGACAAUUCCGGAUACUACGUCGGCAUAUGGUACAAGCAAAUCCCGGGGCGGACGGUCAUCUGGGUGAUGAACAGGGAUUGCCCGGUCUCUGACCCAUCGUCCGCAGAGCUCACGGUGGCUCCGGAUCGCAGCCUCGUCCUCCUUCUAAACGGGAAUCGUUCCAAGAAGCCAAUCUGGUCGUCGACGUCCAAGAAGAUCAAUUAUACAGUACUCCGUACUAGCAACGACGAGUCCGUCGUGGUGGCGGUGCUUCUGGACACCGGGAACCUGGUUCUGCGCAACACGUUGGAGGAGAACAUCUGGCAGAGCUUCGAGCACCCGACCGACACUCUCGUGCCGGGCGGCCGGGUCGGGCUGAAGAAGCGCACCGGCGCUUACCAGGCACUCGUGUCAUGGAGGAGCGCCGUGGAUCCAUCCACGGGGUUGUACAUGGACCGUGUCGACCCGCACGGCUCCGGCCAGUACGCCUUCAUGUGGAACGGCACGACCGUGUACCACAACCUCGGCGCCUGGAACGGGCAGCGCUUCACCUCCGUGCCUGAGAUGGGCAUAUCGACGAGGUACAAGUACAUAUCCGUCGACAACGACGAGGAGGUCCGCUUCUCCUUUCAGGUGGCUGAUCCACCCACCGUGUCGAGGAUUGUCAUGAGCCCGCACGGGCAGCUCACCAUGUUCGUCUGGUCCGACGAACCCGGGCAGUGGUUGCUGCACUGGGCGACGCCCACGUCGCCGUGCGACGUGUACUCCGUGUGCGGGCCCUUCGGCCUGUGCGACGUGGCCAGCUCGCAGUACUGCCGGUGCUUGCCGGGGUUCGGCGCCGGGUCGUCGUCGCCAGGGGAUUGGAGCUGCGGCUGCGCGAGGAAAACAAGCUUGCACUGCGGCAAUGGCGACAACGCAUCAUCAUCAACCGAUGGGUUCCUUCCAGUCCGAAAUGUCAAGCUGCCCACCAACAGCAGCUAUUUCUCCAAGGCCGGUGCAGGCAGCCCCGGGGAUUGUGAGCUGGCUUGCUUGAGCAACUGCUCUUGCACGGCAUAUGCUUUCAAGGAUGGCUGCUUGGUGUGGGGCGAUGGUCUUAGGAACGUUCAGCAGCUCCCCGACGGCGACGCCACGGCUUCUACUCUGUUUCUUCGUGUCGCCGCCGCCGACCUUGCGGUGGCCAGUAAUCAUGACGGCUUCUACUCUGUUUCUUCAGUAGCUUUACUGUCGACGCUCUGCUUCUUCUUAGUCGUCGCCUGGAGGCGCCGUCGAGCGAAAACUGUUGGGCAUGACGGCUCACUUCUGGUGUUCAGCCACGGCACUCUAGCGCGGUGCACGAAGAACUACUCGCACAAACUUGGGAUGGGGAGCUUCGGCUCCGUGUACAAAGGCAUGCUCAGUGACCACACCGCGGUAGCCGUCAAGAGGCUCGAGCUGGGAUCUGCUGCUCAGGGCGAGAAGCAGUUCCGAGCCGAGGUGAGGACUCUGGGGACGAUCCAGCACGUCAAUCUCGUGCGCCUCCGUGGGUUCAGCGCCACGAAGCACGAGCGGCUGCUGGUCUACGACUACAUGCCCAACGGCUCGUUAGCCUCCGCCCUGUCGGGCCCGAGCUUCGGUCUGCUGGACUGGAGCACGAGGUUCGGGAUCAUGGCGGGGGUCGCCAGGGGCCUCGCCUACCUCCACGAGCAGUGCCAGGAGCGCAUCUUGCACUGCGACGUGAAGCCGGAGAACAUACUCCUCGACGCGGCCUUCUGCCCCAAGGUGGCCGACUUCGGCAUGGCGAAGCUCAUCGGGCGUGACUUCAGCCGCGUGCUGACCACGGCGCGGGGCACGGUGGGGUACUUGGCGCCGGAGUGGAUCCUGGGCCUGCCCGUCACGGCCAAGGCGGACGUGUACAGCUACGGCAUGACGCUGCUGGAGCUCAUCUCCGGGCGGAGGAACCGGGACGCCGGAGCCGGGCGCGGAGUGGGGCACUUCCCGCUCUGGGCCGCGACCAAGGCCGCCGAGGGGCGGUUCCUUGCGCUCCUGGACGAGAGGCUGGCGGGGCGCGCGGACAUGGAGGAGCUGGGCCGGGCGUGCAACGCCGCGUGCUGGUGCAUACAGGAGAGCGAGGCGGUGAGGCCGGCCAUGGGGCAGGUGGUGCAGGUCCUGGAGGGGUCGCUCACGGUGGGCGCGGCGCCUGUGCCGAGAUAUCUUGAGCUGUUCUGUGCAGAGGAUUCGCGGAUGCUCUGACGAGGGGGUGAUUGGGUCUCACCAUGCGGCGCCGGCGCGCCGCGUACCGAGACGCCGAUGGAGACGGUGAUGCCUCUUUCUUUCGGUUUCGGACCAACUCAGUUCGCUACCCACGAUGGCACGGAUAACAGCCUGAAACCCAUCGGUUGAAUGGGCGGAGAUCCUCGUGGGAGAGACGACGCCCGGUCCCUCGCCGUUAGGAUCCUCGAGGCAUUCGGGGGCUCCGUCAUCGGCUCUCGCGCAGCGAAGGUGAUCGGUGACAAGGACCGGUUGCUGGGAGCUGCGCUGCAGCAGAACACCAUCCUGAAGAGGGCGGUGAUGGUGCAGCACCGUCGGCACCUGGAGGGCGACUGGGCGAGGAGAAGAGCAAGGAGCUCCAGGCCAUGGUCGCAGAGUACCGGGACAAGGUCAGACAGCUCGAGAUUAAUAUUUACGCGUUAUCCAUGCACCUCAGGAACGCGGGUCCCGGGAGCUCAAUGCCGGGGGCCGGGAACCAUAACCCGAAGGUGUUUUGAACGACUACGUAUGCUACUUUCUGUUUGUUUAACAGGUUGAUAGCAUGACUGCACGAGGAUAUCUCAUUCUCUGUUCAGGAUAUUGCCGUCUUUUUCUAGAAAGAAUACUCUAUAUUUUUCGUCACUCAAUUGGCAUAGAAGUAUGAAACUGGUCACCGAACUUUUCCAUAGACAUUCAGUUUCUCAAUCGGCAAAACCGGGUGCGCGUUAAAAUGUCACUAAUUGAGUUUGUUGGACACUUAGGUUAAGGUUUAGGAUGGAAGAUGUCGAUAUUGUCGGUUUACGUAGAAGUUGAAGCUUAAUUGAGCUUGCCAAUUGAGAAAUUAAAUGUCUAGAAAAAAGUUCAGGAACCAGACGUAAGCUUUCAUGUCAAAUGAGGGAUCAAUUUCUUUUUUUCAUGUUUUACUUGUAUGUAACAUUGAUAAUUUCGUUGUAAAAGGAAUAGUAGCUUGUUUGUAAUUAUGUACUCGGCGAACUAUAUUUUUAUAUCCUUAUAAAGAUGUUAAUUUGUGGCAUCAA